CUAUUCAGUAUAAGAGCAUACCAAAAUUAGUAAUGAUGAGUACAUUUAUUAGUUCAUUUUAAUUAUCUAUUUAGCUUUAAUACAAUAUUUAAAAAUUCACACAGUUUUAGAUAAAACAAUAUGGGUAUUGACAAUUUACAAAUUAUAUUUGAUAAUCCAACAGCAGUUUUCAUCCCUGGUGAAAUAAUUACUGGCAGAGUUCUAAUUAUUGUUAGCAAUUCUGUUAAAAUAAAAAAAGUAAAAUUAAAAUUUAGAGGAGAAGGUAAUGUGUUGUGGAGAGAACAUAAUCUUAUGACUCGAAGAAAUAGUAAGAAUGGAAGUAGAAGGCAUAGCCUUGCACAUAGUAAGACUAAAACUGAAAGAUAUACUGCAAAAGAAGAAUAUUUUAAUAUCAAAAUAAUAUUGGCGGGUGGGGAAGGAAAAUUACUUUUAAAAGAAGGGGAACAUGUUUAUCCAUUUAGUGUUUCCCUACCUGAUAACUUACCAUCAACAUUUGAAGAAGAGUACGGACGCGUACAAUAUAUAGCUAAAGUAGUAAUUAAUAUACCUUGGGAUAUUAAGAGAGGUAAAGAAAUAACAUUUGAAGUUAUUUCCACCUUAAAUUUGAAUGAUGAACCAUCUUUAGCUGAACCUAAAAUACUAGAAAUAGAGAAGUUCUUCUGUUGCUGUUGUUGCAAGUCUGGACCAAUGACAAUGAUUGUCUAUGUACCUUAUACUGGUUUUGUUCCAGGACAAUCUAUACCAGUUACAAUUGAACUGGAUAACAACAGCAAUGUGGAUGUAGAUUCUAUUAUAAUAAUAUUGGAAAGAGUACUAAAAUUUAAAGCACGGUUCCCAAGUAGCAAAAUAAAGUGUAAAGCAUUAAAGAUUGUUAAUGUAUGUAUAGAUGGUGUUGAAAAACACACUUCAAAAACUCGAGUGGAACAAAUUCAAAUUCCAAGUAGUUUGAUAAUACCGAAUUUAAAACAUUGUGGAAUUAUAACUGAUACAUAUUCUCUACGUGUUGAGGCUUGUGUUAAUGGUGGAUACAUAAAUGAAGUAAUUUCUGUUAAUAUAAUAUUGGGUGAUAUGCCAUUGACAAUAGCUACUGAUGCUCAUCAAUUUGAUUAUUCUUUUCAACCAUCGAACCAAAGUUAUUUUUCAAGCGAACCAAUUCCAACAAAUCCUCUUCCAUCUGUAGGUGUUGAUGAGACAAUUUCGGUUCCUGGAUAUGCUCAACUAGUAGUUCCAAGUAACCAAUUUUAUUCUGCGCCACACAAUAACCUAGAAAAUGGAACGAUUCUAGCACAAAAUAGUUCACUACAUAUCAAAUUAUCGGCAUAUCCAGAUCCACCACCACCAUAUCAAUUUACAGAUCCAGAAAUAGCAACUGAUAUACAAGUAUCAUCUAUUAGUACAUUAUCUGUUUAGUUAAAUCCAAAAUAGAACAUUAAUAAUAAUUUAUCCACUUCCACAGAAAAUAUCAAACCAUUAGAUUAAUAAAAGCAAUUUACUUUUAAUGUAUACUAUUCAACUAUUAAAUUAUGUAACUACUUAUUAAAAUUAACUUUGCUUAAACUAAAUUGAAGCCAAUUAUACAUGUAUUAUACAUGUAUAUAUUAUGCAUAUUAAAUAUAUAUUAUGUACAUAACAAAAUAAAGAAUUUAAUGAAAUGUCAAGUCCUACAUAGAUACAUCAUACAUAAGUUAAAAUAUUUAAGAGGAAGUCAUUACCGCAUAUUUUGUCUCAGUCUUCUACACGUGAGACAUACCAAAUUUUCGUUCACCAGUUUAAAUAGUAUGCUGUUAGUUUUGGUAUUUCAAUUUGAGUGAAUUGACCUAUUAUCAAAUUUUUAGGUAAGAACAUUAUUUGUGUUUUCUCCAUUGGUUAUUUACGAUAUUUUAAUUUUAAGUGAGUUAUGAGUAUGUAGAAUAUUACCCUGUAUUUUUACUUUUAAUAUUAGGGUGAAUCUUCCCAUAAUCAAAUUUUAAGUUGAGAACAUUACCUAUGUCCCCAUGUUAACCAUUUUAUGAUAUGAUAUUUAAAUCGUAAAAAUUCCAACGUAAGAACACAGGCAUUGGCAGAAAUCGGGAGUUUUGUAGGAUCAAAGCUCAUGUUGAUGUUAAUAAUGUUAGCCCCGCUGAAAUUUUAAUAGAUUUCCGCCUAUGGACACAUGUAAUGUUCUUAGCUUCAAGUUUAAUAAAAGGUGAAUUCACUCUAAUAUUAAAAGCAACAGCACAGGAAUAGUCCUACUUAACAUAAAUUUGCUAUGUUGCACAUGGGCCAGAGAGAUAAAUCAAAUUGUGCGCUUACAUCCUCUUAAAAAUAAUUGUAAAAGAAUAAGGUGACACAAAGAUAACAUUGUGGCGUAAAUUAUAAAUUAAAAAUUGUAUAACAUAUUAAUAAUUUACUAUAAAUUUACUACAAAGAACAUAACUAUUAAUUGUGAUGGCUGAGGAUAGAAUUUAGUUCAUAUUAUUUUUUGAACAUUGAAUAAAAUUAUUGUAAUAAUCUACAAUUAUUUUUUGAUUUUUUAUGAAUAUAUAGUUCCUUCAAUAUCUUAAAUUUUGUAAGUAGGUAUAAAUGUAAUAUUUUAAAUAGUAGUUACUACAAUAAUAAUAUAAUACACUGUUCUGAUUCCUAUAUAAUAUUAUAUUCAAAUUUUUUUUUUAUAUUUAAUUUUAUAAAUAAUAUAUUAUACAAUAUAAACAAUAAUGCUACCAAAAAACUCUUCAUUUAUUGUACUUUUUAUCUAUAUUAUCCAUUAUUGAAGUUGUUAAUAUUAUAUCUAGCAUCUAGCGGUUAUCUCACACUAUUUGUAUUAAUACAACAUCAUAAAAUCAAUAUCUUAGUUUUAAUAUUAGCUUUUUAUAAUUGUACCUAUAUGUAUAUUUUAUUAUUAUUACUUUUUAUUGACGUACCUAUUCAUAGACUAUUUUUAAAUGUAUAAUAUGCUGAAAAGACAAUAGUCAUAUCAUAAACUAUAGGUACUCAUACUAUGUAUUACGUAAUGUGUAAAUAUUUGCUGAUGUUAACAUUUUAGACGAGAUUAUUCCAUGAAAAAAAACCUAUUCAAAUAUCAA